CAUUAAAUUGAAGCCGCAUGACGCACACGUGCCCCUCUGCGGGUGGUUUUAUCCUUCUUCCUCAGGUCGAAGAAAAAAAACGGUAGGGAGAGAGAGAGAGAGAGAGAGAGAGGCGCAAUGAAGGACAACAGCCAAGAAACGCCCAAAUCCUUGUCCAAGCGAUCGCAUUCGAUUAGUAAAUAUGCUGCACAGUGUGGAAAAUGCUUUAAAUGGAGGCUGUUUGAUACACAAGAAGAGUUUGAAGACAUCAGAAGUAAAUUCAUCGAGGAACCGUUUUAUUGUGACAGAAAGCUGGAUGUGUCUUGUGAGGAUCCUGCGGAUAUUGAGUAUGAUGCCAGUCGGACCUGGGUCAUUGACAAGCCUAACAUCCCAAAGACUCCAGAAGGUUUUAAGAGAAUCUUGAUUGUAAGAAAGGAUUUCUCUAAAUUGGAUUCUUACUAUUCUACACCCACAGGGAAAAAAUGUCGAACACGGAAUGAGAUUGCACAGUUUAUUAAAGAAAAUCCAGAAUACGAAGAUGUGUCUCUUUCAGAUUUCGAUUUUAGUACACCAAAGGUAAUGGAAGACACAAUUCCGGAGCAUGUUGUGAGAAAGGCUUCUGCUAAUGGUAGCAGUAAUAAAAGACUUAAAAGCACCAAAGGAUGAUCUUUGAGUUGAGAUCAUUUUGCUGGACAGCCAUUUCCGAAAGCCUGUGUGUUUUAGAUUAAUCUAGUAAGGAUGUUGUUGGUAUAUUCUUGGCAUUAACCGGAUAUAGACAUUGUGUUUGCAUGAUCUCUGAGAUUCCUUGUCAUUAAAAAAUAAAUUUGGUAUAAUUCAUUUGAUCAGAUCCAAAAGGGUGAAGGUCAUCCUAUUUUCCUCUUAAAGGGAAUCUGACCCUAGAGUCCCCGUCUUUUGUCUUGAGAAUUAGUUGGAGAACUUGCAGUGAUCCUAGCAAAGAGGCCCCGGAAUUUGCAUCCUCAGGACAUGGAAGGGGGAAUGGGAGCAAGGAACAGCAGGCAUCCUGCAAUCGAGUAAUUGCAUUGUGCCAUGUAUAUGUGAUCAAUUAAGCACUUGCUACGCAGAUUCUCUCAGGUUCCAGCUCGGUUCACUAAACACAAGCAAAAGUUUUGUUGAAGUGAAUGCAUGCUUUGUAGUUGGGAUGUGUUAAUUAUGCAGAAGUUAUCUUCCCAAUAGGGUCUGCGGGUCGCAGCCCCAGCAACGACUGAGGCUUUGUAAUUUGUGUGCCCUUAAAAAUUGCCUGGAAACGAAAACCAUUUCUUUCUUAACUUGGAGAUUUAUUUGAAUUGAAUACGAAGGCCAUUGGCAUGUUAUGUAAA